UAUUUGAGAAAUGUUUAAAUAUUAUUUUUUGGGGCAGACUAGGUUACCCUUACAAGAUAAAGUUAUUUUGGUUCAAAGUUGAAGCCUUAAAAAAUAUUUAAUUUCUUUAAUGUUAAUUAAAUUUAAAUAUUUAUUAAAAUACUUUUUUAAUUACUUGUGCCGUUUAGUAAUGGGUACUUGAUAUUUACUUUUGUAUCUGAGAAAUUUAAUAACGUAAUAUGACAACUCUAACUAUUAGUACUAUAAAAAGUUUAAAAAAUUACUCCAAUCUUUGUUUUGUACCAAAAUAUGAACCACCAAAGCCAAAUGAUUUAAUUCAACUUGAAAAUUUCAUAAAAAGUGAAGGAAAAUUAUGUGUUUUAACUGGCGCUGGCGUUUCAACGGAAAGUGGAAUUCCCGAUUACAGGUCAGAAGGAGUAGGAUUAUAUGCUACGAGUAACAGGAGACCUGUUUUAUAUCAAGAGUUUAGGAAUCAUGAUCAUAUUAGAAGAAGAUAUUGGGCUAGAAAUUACAUUGGUUGGCCAAGAUUUUCAAAAUUCAAACCAAAUUUCACUCAUCAUAUUCUCAAACACUUAGAAGAUAUGAACCUUGUAUCAUGUGUUAUAACUCAAAAUGUUGAUGGAUUACAUUCAAAAGCAGGCAGCCGUAAUGUAAUAGAAUUACAUGGAACUGGCUACACAGUAAUGUGUUUAAAUUGUGAUAAUAAAAUUUAUAGACAUGAUUUUCAAAAGAUUUUAGAUAAAUUAAAUCCAACUGUUAAUGCCGUUAGUAAAGAAAUACGACCUGACGGUGACGUAGAACUUUCAGAAGAACAAAUCCAAGGAUUUAUUUUACCACCGUGUAAUAAUUGUGGUGGAAUAUUGAAACCUGAUAUCGUAUUUUUUGGAGACAAUGUACCAAGACACACUGUUGAAAAAGUUCAAAGUGCUGUCGAUAAAGCUGAUGCAUUAUUAGUACUUGGAACAUCUCUAACUACAUUCUCAGGCUACAGAAUUAUUUUACAAGCAGAAGAAGCUAAAAAAUCAAUUGCAAUUGUCAAUAUUGGUGACACUAGAGCUGAUAAAUAUGCUACUAUUAAAUUGAAUACUAGAUGUGGUGAAGUAUUCAAACAAUUAUUUCCCACUUUGAAAUUUUAUCACUAAAUUAAUGCAUAACUUAGUAAGUUAUUUGUUUAUUUCAUUUAAUUUACGCCGAUCAGCAUUGUGCAUAGAAAAAUUAAUCAUAUUAAUUUUGAAAAAAAAAAAAAAAAAAGAUAAAUUAUUAAACAAUCAGUCACAAAAA